AUGUCCAGAUCAUACAGUUUAUUAUCAUUAUUGUUGAUCAUUCUGGUCAUUGCUAUUUCACAAUGCAAUGGAAUUAACUUUGCAAUAACCCAAGCUAAUUACUAUGGAACGACAGUGUUGAUUGAUGGUGAUAACUUUGACAAGAUCAACAUCCCACCAGAUGUAAUCACCUUUGUCGGCAUGAACUGCGUCAAACCUGUCAGAAACUCAAUCAACAGAGUGGAGUGUGAACUUCAGCAACCAUACACUCAACCAACAAUCACAUUCCAGAUGAUGGUCAAUGGUACACUCGCCAGUGGUAACGGCACAUUCACACUCACCAACCCCUACAUCUUUGUGGACACUUUAACACCCAAUGUCGUGUCAAUGAAUGGUAACACCAAAAUCACUCUGACCGGAUCGUUCUUGGGCAAUGCCAGCUCAAUGGGUACCACGGUCACGUUGAAGAACGACUCCUACUCAAUUGAUUGUCUGGACGUCCAGUACAUUACCGACAGUGUAAAGAUCUCUUGCACUACAGGUGUGCCAGAGAGCGAGGCAAGUCUCUCAGUCGAGGUCUCCAAUUCCGAAACUGGAUAUACCCAGUUCCCAAAUGAUAAAGUGGCUGUACAGUUUAGAGCAUUCUCUAUAUCAACUGUUGAACAAAACAAUGAUACAGUCACUAUCCAUGGCAAUUACUUUGAUGCCUAUGCUGGUGCAUUAGAGGUUACAGUUGGCAAAGGAAAGACGAAAAAUCUAUUAUACAGUAGAACACAAUGUAUUUUUACAAUUCCUCCAACAAUGACCAAUGGUGUCUUGAUAUUAACAGACACUACACCUGGAUCAAGCCUAGUCUCACAGAUUGGUGUAAUAUGGAAACCCAUUAUCAGGAGCUUCAAUACAACACCUGGUAAUUUCACAUUAAAGGAAGCAGACAAAAUGACGAUUGUAACACAGAUGAUUGAGAAUGCUGACUUUGUCACACUGUCAAUCGGUGGCCAAAUGAUCAAUAACAUGUCAUUCUCCAAUCCAUUGACUGUGGAACUUCCUCAGCUCGUUGGAACUGUCAGGAUUGAUCUGAUCGUCUACUCUGGUAACUCAUCAUUCCGCUACACGUACCCGCAACCCCAACUCUUGGGUAUCUCGUCGUCCACUUUGAAUGACAUUGCCACAAUUGUUAUUCAGGGCAAAUAUCUCUACCAAUCUAUUGCGCCUACUCAAGUACCAGUGAUCAGUGGAAUCGUUGACAAGCCAUUGGCUUUUCAGGUGCUGCCCGAAACCACCUACUUCUACCUCAAAAUGGAUCUGCCCCAAAGUGCUCGCUCAGGUGCAUUCAAUAUCUCGAUUGGUGGCCAACAGAGCAAAAGCACGACCAGCCUCAUACCCUCAUUAUCCUCAAUAUCCUCGCCUCCAACUGGUGGUGGCAUCAUAACAAUCACUGGAUACUACCUCUCACCAACAUCGUUCGACAAUAACAAUAUAUUGGAUAUCACGAUCGAUGGCAAGGCUUGUACCAAUCUGACGAUGGUCGGUACAUCAUUCGCUCCUUACACCCUCACCUGUCUUGCACCAGCGGGACGAGGUGUUGCCACACUACAUGCCAAUAACUUGAUGGCCGUCAAGAACUUUACCUAUCAGUCCACGUCAAUCACAUCUGUAACAUCAACCGUAUUCAAUCAGCCUGGUGAUGUCACCAUCUCUGGAACAAACUUUGCCGGCAACAACUUGGCCGUGACAAUUGGAUACGUGCCAUGCACCAAUCCAGUUGUUAAUGUCGACUACACUCAGAUUGUUUGCAACUUUGCCUCAAACGUGAAAGUGCCACUGGUCGUAAUAGUAUCGGGAGUGCCUGAGAAAUACCUCUCAUUGCCAGUGACCAUCUCGAUUGGUGGUCAGGAUGUCAUUACCGAGUUCAAGUUCAUUUACAGCGCCAACUCUGGAACAUGCGCCACACCUUGUGGUAACUUUGGAACGUGUGUCAGUGGCGAGUGCCAGUGCCUGGAAGGAUACACAGGUGCCAACUGCACCAUAGCAGUUAGUAAUGGUGUCGAUGUACCAUUGCCAUCACCCGACUCCACGACCGUCGUUCUUGGAUCAUCUUCCAAUAAUGUAGAGUUCAAUGUCGCCAUUGCUGGAAUCCGUGAGAUGGACGCCACCAAUGGCACCAUAAUCAAGUAUGUCAACAUACGCGACACACUUUGGAACAUUGUCAGUACCAGCUCGGACAGUGCCAACAACACCUAUUAUGUCUACAACACAUCUUUGCCAAAUAUCUCUGGCUUUGUGAUCACAACCGAGAUUGCAGUGUUUGUCAAUGAACACUCAGUCAACUUUGAAGGAGACACAUUCAAUGUGCCAAAGAACUCGAUCAAGUACAAGAUCACUCUGUCCAAGUGGCCAUUCGUCACCAUGAACAACUACCUUCAGGUGCUAUUCCAAUCAAGUGCUGGUGCGCAGUCCAUUUGUGAUGGUGAGCGGUUGGUGAAUGCCAAGGUUGGCGACUCAUCGAUCAAUGAGAAGAACUCACUCAGACAGAUGGAGAUCUAUCAAGGCAGUGGUCUACUUCGUGCAUUCUACUCUGAUAGACUGUUAGUCGACAAUCGAGUGACAUACAGUCUGGUAGAAACAGUCAAACCAAACGAUCCCUCGAUGGCCGGACUGAAUAGCAACGGCUCACAAGUUCUAGCGGUGCUAACAUCGGUGAAUGUGCCAUCAUUCGCAGAGAGUGCUGUGAUUGAUCCAAACUUUGCCUCUCUGUUGUUGACUGACGACAAUAAGAGUGAGUGUGGAGGUGACAAAGAGAGGAAAUGGUUGAUUCCAGUCGUUGUAGUAGUGUCAGUGGUUGGUGCAGCCAUCAUCAUUGUUGCUGCAAUCAUUAUUAUCAAGAAGAACCACAUCAACUUGAUGCGUGUCAAUAUUAAACUUAGAGAGCUGCGAGGAAAGCAGUAG